AUGCAAUAUUUCUAAAUUCUUAAACCUGAGAUUGGGAUUUCAAUAACAAGGGGACUAAUGAAAGGUGUUGUAUUAAUAAUAAUUGGAAAGACCAUUUUAAGUUAUCAUCCUUUUGAUUUCUAGUCAGAUUAUCCUGAAUAUUUUUCUAGAAUCCCAUAUAAACAUCCUAUCAGUCCUCCUAUUUAUGCUCCUCAUAAAAUGGAAGAACCUGAGGAAAGAGAGAAAUAUGAAAAACUAUUUGACAGUAUAAUUCAAAUCAGUAACAUCAAUCGUGAGUAUUACAUGUUCAAAAAUCUGUUUCACCCUUCCUUGGAAGAUGGCUUCAUUAUUAAGGAAGCUUUGUGGGAAUCUGAUGGCGAGAGAGUGCUGGACGAAAUACGAGGUGAAGUGAGAAGGCAAUUAAGGCAGGCGCAAAAUUUAGAACUUUAAAAUCAGUUUCACGUUACCUAAAGAAAGGCAUUGUUCUCAAAGUUAAAUGGACAAAUACGUCCUUCUAUUUGAUAAUUUAUUUUAUAAAAGACAUGUUUAAAGGAGUAAUU